AUGGCCGGGCACUUUGAGUCCGAGCUAUGCCAAGUGCUCCUGGAAGAGCAUUUUGGCAAAACUGUCAGUAUAGUUGGUGCAGCACUUUUACGAGAAGCCGGUCCUCUUCCGGCCAUAAUGCUCCGCCUCAGAGGACAAGUCAAGUUGAAUACGGUGAAAGAGAAGUUCGUCCGCUUAACGGAAUCACAGUUCAUCAUCAAGUGUCCGCCUGUUGUUUCUUCAUUGAAAGGUUGUCCACAGUUUGAGACCUCUUACGAUCCUUACAUUAUGCCUGAAGUAAUUCUGCAAGGAUCACCAGAAGUUCUUUGCAAAACUUUAGAUGACGCGGGAGAAUCAAGGAAACGAAAACAGCCUCAGUCCGAAGGUGAUGAAGGCAUCUAUUGGCGUAUGAAUUGGAUGCGGUUUGACCGCUAUAUUCGCGAUGAAAUGACUCUGGAUCUCCUUGUACCCAAGGUCUGA